ACAGACGACAGCGCACCGUCGAGCAGCUACAAACAAUCAGUCACACGUUGAUCUUUCUUUACUUUAUAGGUUUAAAAUCUCCCGUUUGGACAGGGCGUUCAAACUUGCGAGAUGUCUUUGGCCGACGAACUCCUGGCCGACCUGGAGGAGGCUGGGGAUGAGGGUGAGGAUGGCUUGUACACAGUGGGUGAAGAGGGGGAGAGUGACGUGGAGGCCGCGGAGAGAGAGGCAGAAGGAGGCCUGCAGGACAUUCCAGAGGAGAUGGAGGUAGACUACAGUGGAACUGAGAGCGUGGCAUCCAUUGCAAAACUGCGUAACAGCAAACAGUUUUCAGAGAUUAUGGAAAAAAUUGGAGAAUAUGUGGGGAAUCAGAACAAGAAUACUGAAGUCUCAGGUCCAGUGGAGUCGGACCCAGAGUACAGACUGAUUGUAGCAGCAAACAACCUGACUGUUGAGAUCGACAACGAACUCAACAUCAUUCACAAAUUUGUCCGUGACAAGUACUCCAAAAGGUUCCCUGAGCUCGAGUCCCUUGUGCCCAACUCUCUGGAUUACGUCCGGGCAGUGAAGGAACUAGGGAAUAACCUGGACAAGUGCAAGAAUAAUGAGACACUGCAGCAGAUCCUGACCAAUGCCACCAUCAUGGUGGUCAGCGUCACAGCCUCAACCACACAGGGGACGUUGCUGGGCGACGAUGAGCUGAAGCGAUUGGAGGAGGCUUGUGACAUGGCUCUGGAGCUCAACCAAUCCAAGCACAGAAUCUAUGAGUACGUGGAGUCCAGGAUGUCCUUCAUCGCUCCGAACCUGUCCGUCAUCGUUGGAGCCUCAACUGCCGCCAAAAUCAUGGGUAUUGCCGGAGGCCUCACCAACCUGUCCAAGAUGCCGGCCUGUAACCUGAUGCUCCUGGGGGCCCAGAGGAGGACUCUGACAGGGUUCAGCAGCACCUCCCUGCUUCCCCACACAGGCUACAUCUACCACUGCGACGUCGUCCAGUCCCUUCCACCGGACCUGAGGAGGAAAGCGGCUCGUUUGGUGGCAGCAAAGUGCACCCUGGCUUCCAGAGUAGACAGCUUUCACGAGAGCUCUGGUGGCAAAGUGGGCUAUGAUCUAAAGGAGGAGAUUGAGAGGAAGUUUGACAAAUGGCAAGAGCCUCCACCUGUGAAGACGGUGAAGCCACUUCCUGCUCCGCUGGAUGGCCAGAGGAAGAAGAGGGGAGGAAGGAGGUAUCGUAAGAUGAAGGAGCGUCUAGGUCUGACUGAAAUCAGAAAGCACGCAAACAGGAUGACCUUUGCAGAGAUUGAGGAUGAUGCGUACCAAGAGGAUCUGGGGUUCAGUUUGGGGCAGCUUGGUAAGAGUGGGAGUGGGCGUGUCCGACAGGCCCAGGUCAACGAAGCCACCAAAGCCAGGAUAUCCAAGUCCCUCCAGAGAACGCUGCAGAAACAGAGCAUGACGUACGGAGGGAAGUCCACGGUCAGAGACCGCUCCUCAGGAACAAGCUCCAGUGUGGCUUUCACUCCUCUACAGGGGCUGGAGAUCGUGAACCCCCAGGCAGCAGAGAAGAAGGUGGCCGAGGCCAAUCAGAAAUACUUUUCCAACAUGGCCGAGUUCCUGAAGGUCAAGAAGGAGGGAGGAGAGAGUGAGGUGAAGAUGUGAAGAGGGCACACUAUGUAACAGCUGUAACAACCUAUAAACACACACACACGUUGGUGUUUUUGAGUACUUGUCUGAAAGAUGUGCUCUAGAAAUUUAAACACACGUCAUGAGUAAGAUGAUCGUUGAAACUGAUACAAUAUUUUUUUAAGGUUGUAUAUUUGUGUUUGAUUUAUUUUAAGUUCAACUUGCAUAUUUGUUCCAUUUUAAUAAAAUGAAACAACUUCUUACCUUG